AUGAUUUUCCCCGACAUUGGCCCGCAUACUCUGGACGGUGAUCCGGACUACCGGCCGCCCACCACGUUCCCCAUUGGUCCGCAGUUCAGCAAAUAUGCCGGCAACCCUAUUUUGAAGCCCAACCCGAACAACGAGUUUGAGGAGGCCUAUAUAUACAACGCCGCGGCCAUAGUGCUAGGCGGCCGCGUGUUUCUUCUAUACCGGGCGCAAAAUAAGCAGCUUGUGCUGUCGGUGGGUUUGGCCUGGCUGGACGACGGGUUCCAUUUCAAAAGAUGGCCCGAGCCCAUUUUGUAUCCGACCGAGCCGUGGGAAAUGGGCGGUGGCUGCGAGGACCCGCGUAUUGUGCGAGACCCCGAGUCGAGGAAGUUCAUAGUUACGUACACAGCAUAUGACCGCCGCUUGGCCCGGCUCUGUGUGGCUGAGUCUACCGACUUGCUCACGUGGAAGAAGCACCCUCCAGUCAUCCCGCAAGACAGGUGGGCCGAGGCCUGUGUGUCGCUCAAAGGCGAGCCUUUCGUGCGGCACGGGUGGCUGAAGUCAGGUGCCAUCUUUGUAGACCGGCACAAGGACGGCAAGUACUACAUGAUCUGGGGCGAGUCGGGGUUCCAGUUGGCAGUCAGCGAUGACUUGGUCCACUGGACCAUCCGCACGCAGGUCUAUGCCAGGGGCAUACUCGACUGGCAAGACCGGCUCAUUGAGCCUGGCCCGGCGCCCAUCAAAAUCGAUACCGGCGGGAAACACAACCACUAUGUCCUCUUUUACAACUCGUCGACGGUGGGCUCGGGGAUGUACGAAAAGGGCACAUACACCAUUUCGCAAAUGCUCAUUGAUUACGACAAUUUGCAGGACGGGCCUUUGGCCCGCAUGGACCGGCCGGUGUUGGUUCCGGAGGAAAAGAACGAGGUGGUGGGCCAGGUGAACCGGGUGGUGUUUACUGAGGGCGUGGUGCAGUUCAAGGGCCGGUGGUUCCUAUACUUUGGUGCUGGGGACUCUGAACUAAGCGUGGCCACGUGCUCGGUGUGA